GCUUAUGUUUUGGUGCGGCGACGCAUGAUGUGGAUGUCGCGAUAUGAAAUACGAUAGAGGAGGUAUCUAAUUUUUAUCUUAAUAACAACUCGAAAAAAACCAGUGGAACGUUCCGGCGCCUUUUCUAGUAACUCUCCAUGUGUGUUUCGCUAUUAAUGUAUUAUUUUUAUUACAUAAAAUAUCAAUCUUUAUUAAUUAGCUGCUCAGUAUCUGAAAUAAAUUUUGGCCUAUUAUUUCUGAAGAGUUGUUACAAUAAGAAGUGAAAACUAUUGUUUGAGACGCACGUUUAUCCUUGCCCUCGACGUUUCGGUGUUUAUUUAAUGAUAAAGUAAUUAUUGUAGCUAUAUGAUGAUGGUGUACUUCUAUUGUGAUCAAUUGGUUAGUUAGACGUAAAUUUUUAUACAUGUAAGUAUAAGUUGGACAUAUCUGAAAUCAUUUGUACUUGUUGAUUACUAUUUUGGAUUGGCCAUCAAUCUCUAUUGGUGUGUGUGGCAUUUGGUGGAUGAAAUGAAACUGGUCGACAAUGUGGUGCGUAGCUUCAAAGUGGCUAAAGUGUUUCGGGAAAAUACUGAUAAGAUCAACAGCUUUGACUUUUCACCUGCUGGUGACUAUAUAAUAUCGUGCAGUGAAGAUGAUCAGAUUGUUAUAUAUGAUAGUCAGAAAGGUGAAUUAUCUAAAACAAUCAAUAGCAAAAAGUAUGGAGUUGAUCUCAUUCAUUUUGCACAUACUAAAACCACUGCUAUACAUAGUUCCACCAAAGUUGAUGAUACUGUGAGGUAUUUAUCACUGCAUGAUAAUAAAUAUAUCCGUUACUUUACGGGACAUACAAAAAAAGUAGUUUCAUUAUGUGUCUCACCAAUUGAAGAUAUGUUUGUAUCUGGGUCACUAGAUAAAAGUUUACGGCUCUGGGACCUAAGAUCACCUAACUGUCAGGGAUAUAUCAAUGUUAUGGGUAGACCUGUUGCUGCUUUUGACCCUGAAGGAUUAGUCUUAGCAGCUGGUAUAAAUUCUGAAACAUUGAAAUUGUUUGAUGUCAGAUCAUUUGAUAAAGGUCCAUUUAUAACUGUAAAACUUCCCCAAGAAAAAGAAUGUGACUGGACUGAUCUCAAGUUUAGCCAAGAUGGACGUACUAUUCUUAUACCUACUAAUGGUUCACUGAUUAGAUUAAUAAAUGCUUUUAAUGGUACUCCUAUUCAAACAUUUACGGGUCAUUUAAAUAACAAAGGUAUUCCUAUUGAGGCAUCCUUCAGUCCAGAUUCACAAUAUAUAUUCAGUGGUUCUACUGAUGGUCGUAUUCAUGUUUGGAAUGCUGUUACUGGUUAUAAAGUUUGUGUCCUGAAUGGUGAUCAUCCAGGACCAGUUCACUGCGUAAAAUUCAAUCCAAAAUAUAUGAUGAUGGCAUCUGCAUGUACUAAUAUGGCAUUUUGGUUGCCCUCAGUUGAUGAAACAACCAAUAUGGUUUAAAUUUUAUACUUUAAAAGUUAAAAAGUAUUUAUCAAUCAUUUUCCUAUGUUUAAAUAUAAAUGUUUGACUUAAUUUAUUUCAUUCCUUUAAAGAGAAAAGAAUUUUUUAUUUUUUAAUUGACUAAUAAUUUACUUACUCAAACGGUAAAUUUUAAAUAUCAUGUGUUAUAAAAUUGUUGAUGUAUUUUUAUUUUUAUUAUCAUUUGAUUAUUUAAACA